GUCCCGCCCCGGCGCAGGCGGCGGCCGCGCCCGCCGCAGAGGCGCAGCCCGGCCGCGACAUGGACGGCCGCCGCCUCCCGGGGCUGCUCCUCGCCCUCGCCGCGCUGCUGGGCGCAGGCCACGGGGAUGACCCAAGUGACUUCAGCCUAGAAGAUGCCCUGUACGACCUCAGCACCAAGCGACCCACUCCCAAGGGCCCCCGAAAGCCGGCAGGUGGGAGAGACUUUGAUGUGGCUGAUUACUUUGACACCCCUCUGGAGACUACCACCAAACCAGCCAAGCCGACUCCGAAGCCCUUCCCCAGGCCGGGGAAGCCAGACAACAGCUUUUGGGAUGUCAUCCACACCACCACAACCAAGCAGCCAAAAGUCACAAAGGCCCCCCCCAAGCAUAACCCAGCAAAGGAUCCUAUGGAGUUGGACUUGGCCGAUGCCAUUGAUAAUACUAACGAUGGGAAACAUGCUGGGAUGCCCACCAUAAAGCCAGGAGGAGCACUUUCAGACGAUGACCUGGCCAGCAUCAUGGAUGAUGGCUACAGCCCGGAAAAGACUGGUGCCGGGGGCAGCAAUGACAACAACUACGGUGGAGGCACCGUGGCAGAGACGGGGACGAUCGCCGGCAUCGCCAGCGCCCUGGCCAUGGCGCUCAUCGGGGCUGUCUCCAGCUACAUCUCCUACCAGCAGAAAAAGUUCUGCUUCAGCAUCCAGCAGGGACUUAACGCAGAAUAUGUGAAAGGAGAAAACAUGGAAGCUGUCGUAAGCGAGGAACCCCAAGUUAAAUAUUCAGUACUGGAAACACAGUCAGCAGAACCACCAAAACAAGACAGUGCAAAGAUGUAAAGCAUGACCGGGGUCUGGAAAAGAAUCAGUCAGCAGCAAAUGGAGAUCUUACAUGCUUGUAAUUUAACUUUUUAUUUAAUUUGAUUCCAAAGCUAUGUAAUGUGUACUUUGGCUUGAACUGGCUUCUUAUUGCUCUAGGCUUUAGGGUUAGAGUGGUAGUAUGUGUUUUAUUUUUUUGUAAAAAGAGGUAUAUGUUUACAUCAAAGUAAUAUUAUAGGUUUGACGUCCAGUUGUAUGCAAACCAACAGAAGGUGCUUCAGUAGUGGUCAGUUUUCAAUUAAGGGACAAGGUCUUUUUCAAGGAGCAGAAGAGCUUUCAGGUACGAGGAAGCGAAGUGCCUGUAAAUAGCAAUCCAAAGCAAACCAUUCAAAGCCCUUGGUAAAGCACCUCCAGCCAACUUCUGCCAUCAGCUGUGGGCACAUCACUUCCAACGGCGGCGAUGAAAACUGCACGUUUCCUGAGGGUAGAUUGCGGUCCUUCGCGUAGCUACACCUACAACUAAAGUGCCUAUGGGUAGGUCCUCAGGUGGGGCCUCAGGCUGAGGCAGGUGACUCCCUGCUCCGAAGAGUUGGGUUGUCACCGCCACACAGCGCUGGGCUUCUAACCACAUAAAAAAGGACCUGAUUUUCAUGCCAAGUCAUAAAUACAGGUAAUAGCAGUGUGUGCAGUGUUCACUUUUAGCACAUAGCAUUUGAAUGCUCGGCUAUGCUAGCGACCAGAAUGGAGCUGAAGCUGCCAAGCGAUAGUUUGUCUGUGACAGGAGAUACCUACAUUGUCACUGAAAAGAAAACUGUGUGUUUGGGUGCUUCCAAGGACAGAUUCAGCUCUCAUUCACACUAGAACAAAUUACAGAUUUAACCCAAAAGAAAAUAAACAAAGUAGGCAUCCGUUGAAACCUGUAACGUUCACUGCCACAGCAGCCAUCGAGCUUGGCAAGAUGUGGUCCCCCACCUUCUCCUCCAAUCAUUAACGCAACUAUUGGGAGCACUCCCUGGCACCCGAGGGAGAAAAAGGAUCUAAAGCUUUGUCCGUUAUGUCACCAACUAACCUUUAAAAAAGGCAGAAUCUCCUGAGAGGAGGGGUCCUGCACGGGGCUCCUGCAGCUUCCCGGGCAGCAUCGGGCUGGGAGCAGUGCUCAGCAGGACACUGGGCCAGCGCCACGACAGCGCCCUGACCCCACGCAACCCCCGUCAUUGUUGUGGCACUGGCGUCAAGACCUGACCUUCGCUAUGUUCCAAGAAUUUGUAUUUAUAUUUCUAAUCCCUCCCCAACCCUUUUUUAUCACUGCUAAAAUGUGGAUACUACCACUUUCUGAUACAUUUAUCCAGAUUAAUGAUUGUUUAAAAGGCACGCUCUCAGAUGAGGGGAAAUUCACUUUAUGUGGUGUAAGAGGUACUCACUAUUUAUUUAUAAACACGAGAUGUGUGCAUUUUGUACUGUUUUGCAAAUCCCGUAUUUUGUGAAUGUAUAUUAAAAAAGCACCUUUUUUAGUUUGAUGUACAAAUUCACGGCUUUCAGGUAGACUCGACUUAGAGGAGGCCUUGCCAGGAGGUGAAUCAGCCUAGGAGCAUUGCUGCCUAACAGCUCCAUUUGGAAGGGAAUUGCCUAGUAACAUGGUUAAGUAUUUUGCAAUAGCUGCACAAUUCUUUAUGCUCCUUUUAACACUUGCAUUUUUAAAGCCUUAUGCUAGCUCUAGCAGAACAGCUACAGCAUUUUAUAAUGGGAGGCAAGUUCUAGGGCGAUGUGGUGCCUCACGUGUAUUAAGAACAUUUAUGCUACACCGAUACUGCUACGAACUACUGCUGCCUUGUUUUAUGAAUGUGUUUGGAUUAGAAAACAGUAUUUAAUUAUUGGCUGCUCGGAGAGUGGAAGCAGAGGACAGCGGGGCGGGGGGCGCUCUGUGUUUGCUUGCUGCUGGCGAAGGCUUUUCACGGCGGCAGCGUGGGCUGCGGGAUUCGGACCAUCACGUGCAGCAGCUCAGAUGCCGACGAAGCCACGCGGCUGAGUCUGUGCAUCUCCAUCCCCAAACACCGUCGCCUGUUUUUCUUUCUUAGCCAAACCCAUUUGUAAGCCGUAGCGUGAGAAAUUGUUUAGAAAGUUAUUGUAGCUGAAGUGUUGCAACACGGCAUUGAUGAUAACUAGGGGCCGUUUUCCUCGCUUAGAUCAAGUGGCCGUGGUUCCAUUUCUCCUUUUGCCGACGACCACGUUUCCUGUAGAUGCAGAUCAUUGGGUUUAUUGCGUUUCUGUUGCCGUGCCCUCCCUGUUGUCUUGUGGACAGUGCAAUGGCGUGUCCAGCAUUGCUUGAAGAAUAUAGCACCUACCUCUGCUUUGGGAAACUCUUACACUAGAACAUAUGAGAAACAUGUGUUUAAUUUGAAUUUACUGCAGUUUAAAAAAAAGCUGUUUCACUGAAAAAAAACCACCCAUUUUUUAGAUGUCAGGAGUUGCUCCUUUCCCCAAGGCGUUUUCUAUGACUUUGGUGAAUACUUACACCUUUGUGUAAUUUCUAGGUAUGUGGAAAACCAUAAAUGCACCGUGAAAGGGAGCACUUUUUCAAAAAUUUGCAGUAACGGAACUCAAGAUCUCGUUCUCUAGGAUUUCAAAUAGGAAAAUAUUGACAAAUACCACAGCAAGGAAGUGAAACUUGGUUUUCUCUUCAAAACUGGACAAAAGUCAAAGUCUUAAUGUGCUAAAUGGCAGUAAAGGCUCAGAUAGCUUUUUAUUGCCGUCUGUCUCCUCCAUCCGAACUGUCAGACCAGUCUCUGAGAAACAGGGCGUUUAUACAUCAGCUAUCCUUUAGGAUUUGUAGAAACCGCGAGGAUUCCUGUGCAUUGCCUUAGCAGUGAUCCAAGUUCUGGCACAACUGACCCAGCGCUCUCUACUACCAUUUGAUUAGUAUCUGUUCUCUUUAAAUCUGGAUACGGAAUUUUUAAAAAUCCUGCACUUUAGGUUCCGUAUAUGUGGUAUGAACUUUCUCAUCCUUUAUUAAAAAAGGCCAUAAAACACUGGAAAACUAGGAUUUUUUUUAAUGAGUCCAAAAACUAUAUAUACAACUGCCCUGAGAGUGUACGUAGUACCUGUGCCGUGAGCUCUUAUCACACCUCACUUCUUCAGCUUAACUUAAGCUAUUUUUAAUAAAAUGAUUCAGAAAAGGUUUCUCAAUUACAGAGAAAACAGAGACUUAAAAGAAUUUAACUAGCUGUUUUCCUGCUGUUUAUUCUAUCAAUUACUUUGGCAAUACUGUAGCAGUUUCUUGUUUUGAGAUUUGGCAAUACUGUAGCUGUUUCUUUGUUUUUGAUUCUUCAGUUGAGAAUACUCUGACAUGAAUUUCAGAUAUUUUGGCUUAUAAACUCCGUCAUUUUCACGCAGCCCCACUAAUGAACCCUUACAAGUGCUAUAUUGUCAUUCUUAACUACUCAUUUGUUGUGACAAAAGUGGAAUUAGCCCAUAAUACCAUUUCAACUUCUGAAAAAGUAAGAUGAGUCGAGAGGCUAAGGCUUUAAAAAUCUGCUUCUGCAACAAAGGAGGUUCAGGGACAAAUGAAGUUAGAAACAACAGUACUGUGAAAUUAGAGAAUCCUUUCGAGUGAAGUCCUUACUUAAAAGCAUGGCGUAGUGUUUGCCGAUGCAGAAGCGAUUUGUACCAAAUGCUGAAUGUUUUGUUGUAAGAAAACAAGGUCCAUUUUGCUGAUGUGUAUGUAAGGAUCGCGGGGUAAACAUCAGAAUCUGGCUAACAUUGGAAAACACCAAAUAAAACAAGUCGACUAGUUAGACAUUUUA